AACCCAAACACUGGUCCCAGCUGCUAGCUACAGAAGAAUACUAAAGGAAGAGGCGCAGGCCUAGCGUUAGUGACAUUAUUUUUGUUACAGUAGCUUUUAAAGGUGGUAUCGGAAGUUUUUGUUACGUCUUUUUUGAAUGUUUUGUAACUGAAGUCAGCUGGGGUUGUCUCAUGAUUUUAUUGAAAACUGUCAAAAAGUAGAGAGAAGAGGUUGGUUUGAUGUGCGUGGCAUCAAGACAAGAGGCACCAUGAGUGCGGAGCUGGAUGCACUGACUGUGGUGAACCAGCUGCGAGAUCUUGCAGCAGACCCCCUGAACCGAAGAGCCAUAGUAGAAGACCAAGGCUGUCUCCCAGGUCUCAUCCUUUUUUUGGACCACCCCAAUCCACAGGUCGUCUACUCUGCACUAUUGGCCGUGCGCUACCUGGCAGAAUGUCGAGCCAACAGGGAGAAGAUGAAGGGCGAGCUGGGCAUGAUGCUGAGUUUGCAGAAUGUCAUGCAGAAGAGUGCGUCACCUGGGGAGACCAAACUGCUGGCCUCUGAGAUCUAUGAGAUUUUGCAGUUGGCCGGUAAAGAAGAGGCCGAACAGGCCGAGGCAGCUGCUGCCUCCUGCCAGCGUAAAGCCCAGUUCUUCCUGGGCUCCAACAACAAGAGGGCCAAAACUGUGGUGCUGCACAUUGACGGACUGGACGACUCCGCUCGAAGGAGCCUUUGUGAGGAGGCGUUGCUGAAGAUUCGAGGGGUCAUCAGCUUCACCUUCCAGAUGGCUGUCAAGCGAUGUGUUGUCAGGAUCCGCUCUGACCUUAAAGCUGAGGCGUUGGGCACAGCAAUCAACUCCACCAAAGUAAUGAUAGCUCAGCAGGUGGUGAAGACAGCGGGCGGAGAAGAGCUGAUCUUGCCAUUCCAAGAGGUCACAGCGGAGCAUGUGGAGGAGAACACAGACAUCCCAGACUAUCUGCCCGAGGAGGAGAGUCCAUCCCAGGAGCAGGACAAAGCUGUCACACGCGUUGGCUCCAUCACAGACGGCAUGGGCUGGCUCAACACGGCCGCCAACUUCCUCACGCGCUCCUUUUACUGGUGACCACUUCCUGUGUGUCUCACUCUCUCUCUCUGCUCCCCGUUUUUUCUCAUCCAGCUGAAGCCUUAGCAUCUCUCAGCCGUGUCCCGGACUAAGCCCUGCCCCACAGCCAUACUCUAGUCUAGACUCCCCUCUGCUAAGCACACAGAAACCCGGCCACGUGUUUGCAACAAGUGCUGGACUGCCAAGUGGAACCUGCAGUAACAUUAACUUGUGUACAUAUUAAGCUACCAAUCCCACGACUGGCUGUUUGUGCUCAACUAUCCACUAGCUGCACAUGUAUCGCACAAGACCUAGCCAGAGGACUUCAAAUCAGCCGAAACCAAAUAGCAUUCUGGGAAUGUGCACCGCAGCGUUGACGGAGGGGACAUGUGGCAGGCGUAUUUAAAUGUUCCGAGGCUGAUUUUGAAUACGUGGAAAAUUGGGAGUUCCCUUUCUUUUGAGCAUGAUUUUUGUUUGCUUUCCUCCGGUGUUCAUUCUCAAUCCUUGUCUUCUCUCUUAUACAUUUUCUUUCAUAUUUCCUAAUUAGGCCGAUUUUGUUUUUCUUCCCCCUUCAGUUUUAUUAGCAUGCUUUUGUGCCAAUUUUGCCUGAUUGCCUAGAUCUGUCAUUAUUGUGUGUGUGCCUUUUUGACGGUUUACUUUAAAUAUAUUAAUUAUGUCAUUUAAAUAACUUCCCAGCUUUUGUGCGUCCGAGGUGGCCCUUAGCAGCAGCAGCAGCAACAGCAGCCAAGCCUCCCCCAGCUUUUAGCUUCACGAGGGGCGUAUGAAGCGGUAGUAUCGGUAAACUAGACACCAGCAAGAGGCCGCAGCCCAUUCAACCACAGCUCGCAUGCAUUUCUUUGUUGCACACUGGAAGAAGAAGUCCUUUUAACUAAUUAAAAUGCCACCCCUCGCCGCGUUUAUACUCUCUGGAGUCCAUCUCUGGACUGAUAAUGCAGGAUGCAGUGGUGGUGAGUUGUAUGACAGCUCCUCGUGUUGAUUACACAGACGUUAGGCUUCCUCUGCUUCCAUUCCUCUGUCACAUCAGCAUUAUAGUCAUCGGUAGUGUUAGUAAAUCCCUUUGCUCAGCAUGUAGAAGACGAACCUGUUAGCUGCCUGCUUGUCAAACGCUUUCCUAUGUUACCUGGACUCCCACUGACAUUUUUUUUUUUUUUUACAGUAUUGUUGCGCACCUGUUCAAUUUUCAGUCUAGCCAGCAGUGUCCUUAAAGCAAAGAUCAUGUUGGUGCAUGCUCACACACACAUACAGAGGACUCGCUAGUAUGAGCAGUAGUGGUAUACUGGAACAAGGGUGUGGUUAUGUACAUUUUGUAAAUGGUGCCUGGUUCCCUCAAAUCUCAAACCUUACAUGUGAAGGAAAAAUUUUGUUCUCUUUUUUUUGUAAUACUGAUUUGCAUUUUAUGUCACAAAAUAGGAUUAUACAGCUACCGCUAACACUCUUAGUGAGUUUAUUCCUUUCGUUUAGCCUUUACAACCCCAUGACUCACUCCAGGUUUAAUUAUUAUCUCCUCUGACUUGUGUGCGUGUCAUUAAUAAUUAUUAUAUACAUUGCUGACCAAGCGACCUUUAUUGUUCUGAUGGUGCGGAGAUGUCACAGUUCGUUGAGGUCAAAACGGAUCGUGGAAUUGCACAGAAUGGCCUGAGUAAUCUGAAUUGACGGUGGUUAUUCUCUGCAAAAGCAAUAAUAUUUUUUUUGCAUUAAAUGUAGUUGUUACAGCUCAGCAUCAGCCUUCAAAAUUAUGUUUUGGAAUAAAAGGUAUUAGUGAAAUGUUAGGAUUAUCUUCAGUAUUAAAAUAUCUUUAUUUGUCCAUUUUGCGCAGAAUGAGUCUCUAAGUUACAUCAUGUAAUUUCAGUUUUAAUUUUUGAUGUCAGCUCAUACUGCAAAGAAAUACUUGAACAUUGUUUCUUAGAACUGUUCUUAUGUGUCGAUCAAAGUGUAAAUUUCCCACAACUGCUAGAUUAAGCCCAUCUGUAAGGAUGACAAGAAAAACAAACUAAUUUAAAUCCUGAAAACUGUAACUUCAUGUGUCCGUCAUCAAAUGUAAUAUAAUGCAAUGCAGAUCCUAACGAUGUAGAUUCCCAUAGACUGUUAAUGCAAAUUAUGAUAAACUUCAAAACAAAAA